UCUCUAGAUUGGGUGUGUUGCGAGGCUGCAUUUGUUUACGCUGCGCUAAUCGCCUAAGAAAAGUGUUUUUUCCAUUGCUCCAAUUGCGCGAUCAGACUUUCUAAGCCACCAAGCAGCCGCGAGUUAUCCCCAAACCACACACACACCAUCAUGCGCGAACUGAACAAGCAGCAGUCGCAGGAUACCACCGAUGCGGGCGUCGAGAAGGGCGACUAUCCGCGGGCCACCAAUGGUGUGGUCUUCGGUGCCAUCGUCACCUUCGCCAGCUUCUUUGUGCUGAUGAUGUCGUUCUGCUCGCCCUAUUGGAUCGAGUCUUACGAGGAGACGCGCAGCAGCUUCAAGAACAUGGGGCUGUGGCAGUAUUGCUUCAAGGAUUUCGUUUAUCCCAAGUACCAGUUCCCCAAGCAAUUCACCGGCUGCCACAAUGUCUUCUCGCACGACUACUAUGUCAUCCGUGAGUACCUACUGCCCGGCUGGCUUAUGGCCGUCCAGGGCUUUGUCACCAUGUCGUUCAUCAUUGUGUUCCUUGUGCUGUCGCUGCUCUCGCUGACCAUCAUCCGUCUGCCGCUAAAGCCCGUGCUGCAGUACGAGUGGCUGCUCGUUCGCCUCUCCUACAUCGGAACAGCAGUCUCCUCUCUGUUCAUGUUUUUGGCCGUGUGCAUCUUUGGCGGCUGUGCCUAUCGUCGUGACUGGCUCAUGUAUCCCAAGUUCAAUGUCCUAGGCUGGUCCUAUGCCCUCGCCGUCGUGACCUUCAUGCUGCUCGGCCUGGCCGCCUUGAUUCUGCAGCGUGAGGCCCGUCAGGCCUUUGAGGCGCGCGGCGAGCAAAAGAACCUGGUCAUGCAAAUGGAAAUGCAGGAGCCGGGCUAUCAGCCGCCGCGUCAUCACCACAGCCAGUCGCGCAGCCUGCAGGGCUACAUAUAGGAACUGGCAGCCGUCGCUAGCUGCUUCACGGCAUUCCAUACGUAGCCUAAGUCUGCCCCAAAAAGCAAUCUCCGCCCAUAAAGUGCCUUUUCUACCAGUCGCUUACCAUCAAUAUUACAUACAAUAUUUCCAUUUACACUUGAAGAAACUACGUGCGUGUAUGUAGCGAAAAGAGCUCACAACCGAUCCGUCCAAGGUAUGGCUUUACCUUUCUUUUUAUAUUUCGAUACUGAAACUGAACGAAUCUAUUUUAAAUUAAGACAAAUUAUAUCAGAUUUAUACACGAAAAUAUCAUAUUAUUAAGAUAAAUCCUGGGCUUUUCCUGGAUUCACCCAAUCAUUCUUUUAUAUAUUUCGAAACUCAAGGUUUUAUGUUUUACCUAGGCUCAAAAGAAUAACAAAAAUCAAACAUAAUACAAACACAAUUGCAAUCUUUGAUAUCAAAUUUGUACACAAUUACGAUAUAUGAUAAAUAUUAAACUGAACUGCGCUUUGCGGUCGAAAAUGUAA